AAUAUUUUGGUCACCAUGUUCUUGGACUCGAAGCUAAACAGCAUCCCGGCUAUCAAAAAGAUUCGGCGCUCGCCGACAACAAUCUGGGUCGUAUCAUCGCUGUUUCUUUGUAUUGAUACAUUCAUCUACGCGCUGCCCAUGGCCAAUUUACCAGAAAUUCUCCAAACGAGAAUGCACGUUUCAACAUCAUCUAACGGCACCGUGACAGCCAUGUUUGGGGUUGGAGCCGCUGUAAGCGCGCUAAUUGCUGGAUUUGUCAGCGAUCGUUUCCACACACGAAGGACUCUGCAGAUUCUGGCCUCGGUUUUUUACAUCGUGUCAGGAACAGUAUUUUACUUUGUCGGAAAUUACUACCAACUGCUUCUUUUCAGGCUGAUUGACGGCCUCGCGGCUGGGGUUUCGUGCACAAUGCUAUACACAACAGUGGGUGACGUCUACUCGGCGGGUCUUUUGGGCUUUAAGGUGGCCAUCAUUUAUUUUUGCAACAACAUCGGGUAUACUAUCGGGCCAAUUUGUGGGCAAAAGCUUUUUGAAAUCGGCGGAAUUCCUGGCACAGCAGCUAUGGUUAUAGCACUAGGCCUUCUGGAGCUGCUUCUGCUGCUUACCAUUGUCGACGACUCCUUAAAAAUCAAACAGUAUGUGGUUUCUCGCGAGGCCCGGCUCCCAGAAAGCAUACUAAACAACUAUACUGCUCUUUCACCGCUUGAUUCAGGGGUAGAUGCGGGCCGCACCGACAAAGACGACACAGCCAAACAACUUCUCUCUGAAUCCGAAUCACCAAAAGUUAACAUCAACCCAAACCAGGAUAGCAAGCCCGACACACCGCUUUGGAAGUUUAUGCUUAGACUCCCCGUAGUCGCAUCAACGUUGUCGAUCAUUGCAAGUAUUGGAAUACAGUGCACUCUUGAUACGCUGAUACCGCUUCACCUGAUUGACAAGUUUCAGCGUUCUGACAGCGGUGGCAUCACAUUUGUGAUUUACGGGUUGGCACUGACCGUAUUUGUGCCUGUAGUUGGAAAGCUCAAUAACUGGCUUAUUAAGCGGAGCCGACCUGCAACUAUUUGGGCGACAUCAUCAGUUAUUGGGCUGGUCAACCGCCUCAUCUACACCCUGACCAUCGCAUGCAUUCCCGAUAUUUUGCAAGAAUCCAUGAACUUGCCGCGGGCCAACAACGGUAUAAUAACAACAGCAUUUGGAGUUGGAGGGCUAAUUGCAGGCUCCACAAUAGGCUAUAUUAGCGACCACACGCAGAACAGACGGACACCCCAGCUUGUUGCAGCACUUUUGUAUGUGGUCGCCGGGCUGAUAUUUUUCUUCACUGACCGUUUUUACCAGAUUGUCAUCUUUCGGGUUGUUUUGGGCGCGGCUUCGAGUAUCGCCGACACAAUGCUUUUCACCACUGUUGCCGAUGUAUACCCAGCGAAUCUACUCGGGUUCAAGAUGUCUGUAAUAUUUGUGUUUGACAAUAUCGGAAAUAUGGUGGGUCCAAUUAUUGGAGGCAAAGUGUACGAGACGAUGGGGGUUCGUGGGAUCGGCAUUAUUACCUUGGUAUUGGGUGUUGCCGAGGUGCUGAUGAUUUUGAUAUUUGUGCGAAACUCGCUUGAUAUCCGUCAGUCAGUGACAAUGUUUUCAACAGAAACAGAAGUGUCAAAUUUGUCCGAGAUACAAACUGCCCAGUCGACCAUAGUGCCGACGCAGUCCAGCAUCGGGAGCAUGGUGGAGAUCAACUCGGUCAUAAAUAAAUCCAACAAUAUAGAGGCAACGCCUAGAUACUCGAUGCACGAGGGAACGCUGACUAGAUCCCAGCAGGGAGCAAGCAUGCAGCUCUGGCGUCUGCUCCUGACAUUGCCGGUUCUUGGCCCCACAGUAUCAAUAUUUGUCGCAGCCGGCAUGCAAAGCGUCAUUGAAACCAUAUUCCCGUUGCGCCUCUUUGACAAAUUUGGGUACUCCCCAGGCAUCAUCGGCAUGGCCUUCCUCAUCGUCGGCGGCAUACUAAUACUGACAAUGCCCCUUGUCGGCUGGUUAAGUGACUUUCUUGUUUCACGAUACGGUGAGCGCGCCCGGUACUACAACAUAUCCGUCGGUGUCCUACUCAUGCUCCUAUCGCUUAUUGCCAUGGCUGUUGCCAAAAAUUACACGAUGCACGUUUUUGGGUAUGCAAUGUUUGGCAUUAUGUCGAUGGUCGUUAUGGUGCCGGCUCAGAGCGCCUUUGGUGACUUUAUUAAUGCUUCUGAGUCCCAGGCAAUGGCACAGUGCUACUCUUUGGCGUGGAUCGCCGAGGGGCUGGCUAAUAUUUCUUUGCCGCCGAUUGCGUCUGCGCUGUAUGCUGCUAUUGGGUUUUCGCCGAUGCUGAUAUCGAUGGGCUCUGUGCUGUGCACGGUCUGCGUUCUGGUGGUUCUGGCGCUCCCAUUGAGGAUAUUUUGGAGGAGGCGGAUAAUUCAGUAUUAACU